GGCGAUAUGUUUUACUGGACUGACUGUGCAGUUGGGAGAAACAGAGAUGACCUUUCGGGUACCAGCGUACCCUUCCUCCUCAGGUCUCACAUUUUUCCUGCGCUUUCACGACCGCAACAUCACCCAAACGUUACCGUUGUAAAAUCAUGAAAUUUGUCACAGGAACUUAGGCAGUUUCAUCAUGACAACAGAGAAGAGCUUAGUGGCUGAGCCCGAACAUCCUAAGGAACAGCAGCCAAAGGAGGAAGACGUAGCUGCUGAAACUCAUAAGCAAGAGUUUUCUUUGGAGGAAGAGGCUCCCCAACAGGCAUCUGAGGGACAUAAUCAGCCUGGGCAGAAGCAGAAGGCCUCCAACGGUGAUACCCCCACACACGAGGACCAGAGCAAGAAAGAGCACCGCACUUCUGAGGGUCGGGGCCUGUCACGCCUAUUUUCAUCGUUUCUCAAAAGACCCAAAUCUCAAGUCUCUGAAGACGACAAAGAAGCUGAAACUCCAAAGGAACCAGGGGAAGGAGACCAGAAAGAGAGAGACUUAGGAGCCAGCCCUGAUGAAGAGAUUCUGUUGAAGGCUCCAAUAGCGGCACCAGAGCCUGAACUGAAGACUGAUCCAUCUUUAGAUCUUCAUUCACUCAGCAGUGCAGAGACACAGCCUGCUCAGGAGGACAGAAAAGAAGAUCAGGACCCAGACAUCAGAGACUUUGAGGUUAAGGAAGACGGUGGUGUGCAGGAAGAGUGUUCCAGGGCAGAGGUGAAAAGAGAGAACCCGGAGACAAAGGCAGACAAAGACUUAAAGGCCACCCAGAGAACAGUGAAAAAACACAGAAACAUGCACUGCAAAGUUACCUUGCUGGAUGACACCAUUUUUGAGUGUACUAUGGAUAAACAUGCCAAGGGACAGGAUCUGCUAAGAAAAGUAUGUGAGCAUCUCAAUCUUUUGGAAGAAGACUACUUUGGACUCGCCAUAUGGGAUUCUCCAACUGCCAAGACAUGGCUGGAUCCUGCCAAGGAGAUAAAAAAACAGGUUCAUGGAGGUCCCUGGGACUUUACGUUCAAUGUGAAGUUUUAUCCACCAGACCCAGCACAACUGACAGAAGAUAUAACAAGGUAUUAUUUGUGUCUUCAGCUUAGACAAGACAUUGUGACAGGGCGGUUGCCUUGUUCCUUUGCAACGUUGGCCCUGCUGGGUUCUUAUACAGUCCAGUCUGAGCUGGGGGAUUAUGAUCCAGAGCUACAUAAUGCAGAUUAUGCCAGUGAGUUUAAACUGGCCCAAAACCAGACAAAAGAACUUGAAGACAAAGUUAUGGAACUACAUAAAACAUACAGAUCCAUGACUCCAGCACAAGCAGACCUGGAAUUUCUUGAGAAUGCAAAAAAGCUGUCAAUGUAUGGAGUUGAUCUUCACCAAGCCAAGGAUUUGGAGGGAGUAGACAUCAUUCUAGGAGUCUGUUCCAGUGGCCUUCUUGUCUACAAAGAUAAACUGAGAAUCAACCGCUUCCCUUGGCCCAAAGUUCUGAAGAUUUCCUACAAACGCAGCAGCUUUUUUAUUAAGAUUCGGCCAGGGGAGCAGGAACAAUAUGAAAGUACUAUUGGGUUUAAACUGCCUAGUUACCGGGCAGCUAAGAAGCUGUGGAAAGUCUGUGUUGAGCAUCACACAUUUUUCAGGCUAACUUCUACUGAAGCCAUUCCCAAGAGCAGGUUUCUGGCACUGGGAUCUAAAUUCCGUUACAGUGGACGAACACAGGCCCAGACAAGACAGGCUAGCGCCUUGAUUGAUAGACCCGCACCACAGUUUGAACGAACAGCAAGCAAGCGGGCAUCCAGAAGCCUUGAUGGAGCUAAACGUACGACCCAAAAAAUUGAAUUCAGACCUGUAGAGGAGGAGAAGCAGGAGGAGGUGGUGGUGAUGGUUGAGGUUCCAGAAUCAAAACCUGUGGAACAAUUCCAAGAAAAGCCAGCAGUAGCGGUGAUUACACCUGACCGAAGCCCACGACCCACUUCUGCACCAGCCAUUGCUCAGAGCCAUGUAGCUGAACCAACCCCACCAGCUGCAUCUGCCUUCAAGGAAAUGGAGGUUGUUUCUAAAAAAGAGAAGGAAGCUGCAAAAACUGAAGUCAAACAUGAAGAAAUGCCAUCUGACAAGGCCAAGAUGGAGCCAGCUGAAGUGACCAAGGUGGGGAAAGCGCACAUCGAGGUCACAGUACCUACCACAAAUGGUGACCAACUCCAGCAGCCUGCAGAAAAAGAGGAAGAACUGAUAAGAAUGAGGAAGAAAAGAUCAAAGAAACUAGAUGGUGAAAACAUUUAUAUCAGGCAUAGCAAUUUAAUGUUGGAGGAUCUAGAUAAACCUCAAGAAGACAUAAAGAAACACCAUGCCAGCAUCAGCGAGUUAAAGAAGAACUUUAUGGAGUCCGUCCCGGAGCCCCGGCCUAGUGAAUGGGAUAAGCGCCUGUCUACUCACUCCCCUUUCAGAGCACUUAACAUCAAUGGGCAGAUCCCCACAGGAGUAGAAGGAAGUGUCAGUGACUUUCCUUCCCAAGAGGAUGUGGAUGAAAUGACAGAGAGGAAAAGUACUAACCCUGACUUUGAAUGGGAGGGCCCAGAGUGUUCAGUAGCCUUUAGUGAGAACCAAAUACCAACUCCAGCAGAGACUUCACAAAGUCAUGACUUUGGCACUUCCUCUGUAAGCAGCGAGGAGGAGGAGGAGGGAGCUCCUGGCCUCCUUGAGAGCAAGGAGGAGCUAAGAUGUGAAAAGGGGGUGUAUGCAGGUGCAGAAAAGCAGGCUGAUGACUUAGAGCAAUCUGAGGUGGAGACCCCUGUAAUCCCUGCUUCGCCUCCGCUGCAGCCCUUUGAGAGAGAGGAGGUGGCAGAGGAUGUUGAAGAAAAUGUUACGAGAGAGCCACUUAGAAAGCUAAACGGAGAGUGUCAGCACUCGUGUGUUAAUAAUGAGUUUCCUGCAGUCAUUCGCUGUUUUCAGCCACCCCUAGUGAAGACUCAAACAGUCACCAUCUCUGAUGUGUCCAAUGCUGUGAAAAGUGAAAUUCCAACAAAAGAAGUUCCCAUUGUUCACACAGAGACCAAGACUAUCACCUAUGAGGCUGCUCAGACAGAUGAUGGCAAUGGGGAUUUGGACCCUGGAGUCCUGCUGACUGCUCAGACCAUCACCUCUGAGACCCCCAGCAGCACAACCACCACUCAAAUCACAAAGACUGUGAAAGGUGGAAUUUCAGAGACACGGAUUGAAAAAAGAAUCGUCAUCACAGGAGAUGCAGACAUUGACCAUGACCAGGUUCUAGUGCAGGCUAUCAAAGAAGCCAAAGAACAGCAUCCAGACAUGUCUGUGACCAAAGUGGUCGUUCACCAGGAAACUGAGAUCGCUGAAGAAUAGCCAGGUCAGGAAGUUUCUCCCUGACUGAAAGAACGCGAGAAAGACGAAAACCAGCAAAACAACAAGGAAACUACCUGGAGCACAAAGAACUCGGAUUUACAAUCUUUACUCUCAGAAACUGAACCUUCAUAUUGCUUAUUAUUAGGAGUUGUGCUUUGACAUUUACUUGGAAUUUUCCAGAGUACAAUGGAUCCUUUUGAAUAUAGUUUUUUAUAUUGUGACAGACAGUAUGCCAUACUUCUCACUGUACUGAAUGUUUUUUUUUUUACAGGUGUUCAAUUUUGCAUUCCCCCCCACCCCCCAGCCUCUUCCAGAUCCAUUUUUACAGCAGAGGUCCCAGCAAAACCCAUGGGGCUCUCAAAGGAUUGGCAUUUAAGUCCUUUUUUUGUCCAGCCUCAUCAGGUAAAAUGAAGGCAGUCUCACACCCAGGCGAGGCGUGGAAUUUUUAUGUAAUCAAAGAUGGAAAGAAACCUGGCAAUGAGUUCUUCUGCCAGAAGAGUCAGUUUAAUAAGGCAGUGGCAUUUCUGACUGCCUCCUACAGUUGGCCAUAGGUAUUUCCAGAGACUCCAACCCACAAUGUCCAGGUGCACAGAACAGAGUUUCUGCCUUACUCUGAAUUUUCUAGCUUUUGUGGGUUUCAGACCCUUAACGUUGUUUGAACAUGGUAGGGUUUUUGUGAUGUACAUUACACACACACAUUUUAAUAGCUGUCUAGAUUAAGGAAUACUGGAAGUUCCUUCGAGUGUCUCUUAUACUGUGAAUUUUAGAGCUUUUCAAGAGAACUGUGACAGGACACCUCCCCCUUCUGCUCCUCCGAGGACUGCAUCUGCUGAAUGCUACCUACUGAUUUUGUUUUUGCUCUUUAGAUGCCAUUAAAUUAAUAAGCCUAUAGAAGUGUGUGCUUAUGGGGUGUGGGCUCUGAAUGCUAUGAAAUAGGCUAUACAGCUUUCACAGUGAUAGGUUUCUGAGUGUCAUCCAUUUCU